GUUAUAUAAGGCCUCGCCCCUUGGCUUCACUCACCAUCUCGCCUCAACUCACUCCGAUCACCAUCCCCAUUCUGCUUGCCUCUUCCACACACACACACACACAGCUGUUUGAAGAGAAAAUUCACGGAGAAAUUCUGUAGCGGCAGGAAAUUAGAGAAGAGAGAGCAUGGAGUGCGUGGAUAGCAAUGGAGGGAGCCGGCUGGUGGUGACGGAGCUGAGCCUCAUCAAGGAGCUGGUGAAGCAGCUGGACGUGAACCUGGGAGGCUCCCCGGAACUCUGCAAGCGCCUGGCCGCGCAGAUCUUUAGCGUCACCGAGAGGUCCAUCGGCAUGAUCAAGUCCGGGCACUUCGGCAAGCGCUCCGCCGGCCUCGACUCGCCGACGCCCAGCCCUCUCAAAGGCGUCUCCGACAUGACUUUCAAGCCCAACAAGAAGAGGAAGACGAUGGAGAGACGGAAGCAGCAGGUCAGGGUGAUCCCGUCGGGAGAAGGAGCCGAUACCCCAGUGGGGGAUGACGGCCACAGCUGGAGGAAGUACGGCCAGAAGGAGAUUCUUGGAGCCAAGCACCCAAGGGGAUACUACCGCUGCACGCACCGCAAGACCCUGGGAUGCGCGGCGACGAAGCAGGUGCAGCGCUCCGACGAGGACCCCACGCUCUUCGACGUCAUCUACCACGGCGACCACACCUGCCUUCUCCACAAGACGGCGGGGGCCAAUAAGGCGCAGCCGGAGGAGCCGCAGAACCCGGAGGAGGCGCUGAGGCUUCUGCAGAGCCUGACGGUGGAGACCGAGGGGCUCGCGGCCAUGGCGGGGCCCCAGAGCUGGAGCACCACCACCACCACGCCCUUCUCCUUCUCCUCGCCCGCGCCACCGCCGCCGCAAGAGCGCUACAGCAAGUUCUCCGCGCCGUCGACGCCGGACGACUGCUGCUUCGGGCGGGGCGUGUCCGUCGAGCUCUCGCCGGCGACCUCGGGCGGCUCCAGCCACCUCGCCAUGGCCGCCCCGUUCCGGGCGCAGUCCGAGAUGGACAAGAUGGUGUCCGCGCUCGCGCUCGUGGCCUCGGCGGAGCCUGCCGCCGCCUUCUCGAUCGACGAAUUCGAUGGGUUCGGGCUCGACGACUUCGACGUUUCUAGCUUCUUCGCGUGAUUAAGGGGAACGCCCGAAGAAGAGGAACAUUUCGAGCUGAUGAUGAGCACUAGAGAUUUUAGCGAAGCAGUUAAGGUAACCACCACCCUCUGAUCGGGCUCUGGCUUUUGUCCAGAGGCAGAGGAGGGAAGAACAACAACCGAGUUGUUCUUCCUGGCCCAGUGCAGGCCUAAUCUUUAGGAGAUGAGAUUAAUCACUGCCUCCUUCAUUCCUUUUUUUCUUCUUCUUCUUUCUUUCUUUUGCCCACCAGAGUGUUGCAUUGUAUUAUUGAUUUCUGUCAGAAAAAUAAGAUCAUGUGAUCGAUGUUUUGAAUUCCUAGUACUCCGUAGUAUAUCUUUCUCUUGGAUAUCACUAGCUUAAUAUUCUUUCUCUUGGUUGUAUUCUAGAAAAAUUUAUAUC